CGAACAGACAUUCAGUUCUCUUGUUUUUGAUUUGUUUUAAAUCGUAAUUCAUUGGCUUCCAUUAAAAUGACAUUUCUCGAGGAAAACAGUAGUGUUCUCGUAGUUCUCGAUAGUGACAUUUCAAGCAACGACGUUGCGGAUUUUGUAAAAGCAGUAAAAAAACCUCUCGGUAAUGUCGAACAAUUCACAAUUGUACCAACAAAUGAAUUGGAAACACGUAACAAUUCGUCUUCCUACGACACGAUUAUUUCCGUUUUUAAGCAUUCAUGUCCGAAUUCUAAAACAUUCUUAGAAGAUUCUCUCAAAGCAAUAAAACCAGCUGGUAUAUUAAUUAUUUAUGAAUCUUUCGAGCAGAAAAAAGAUGCGCAGUCUUUGUAUGACAAAAGAGUAUCAAAUUUAAAAUUAGCUGGUUUUAAAGUAAAAUCACCUGCAGAUUUAGAUAUUCAAUUGAAGAAUCUUUUACUUUGUGUAUACAAAGAUUUGAACAAUAUUUCUGAAAUUGUAGCUGAAAAACCCUCAUUUGAAAUUGGUUCUAGUGUAACACUUAAUUUUGGACAAGCAAGUUCGAAUGUAUGGAAAUUGGACAGUGCUGUCGAUGAAGAUUUAAUUGACGAAGAUGAUCUUUUAGAUGAAACUGAUGUAUUGAAACCUCAAGCCUCCAGUUUAAGAGUUUGCAGUACAACAGGUAAAAGAAAAGCAUGCAAGGAUUGUAGUUGUGGAUUAGCUGAGGAACUAAGUGGAAAAGUAGUGGAAGAUAAAACUGUGAAAUCUUCUUGUGGAAAUUGCUACCUUGGUGAUGCGUUUAGAUGUGCCAGUUGCCCAUAUCUUGGUAUGCCUGCAUUCAAACCUGGUGAAAAAAUAGUUCUAUCCGAGACUCAAUAAAAUGCAGAAUAGUGAUGAAUUAUUUAUAAUGCACAUUGUGUUUAAUUCCCGGAAACUCUAUUUAAUAUGAAAGAACUUUUCUACUUUACUAGAGCCAAGAAAUGAUACUACUGAACAUAUAACAAUUUAAAUAAUGUA